GCUCGUUAUUCAUUGCUGCUCCUUUCUCCAUCAUGGCACAUUCGUUCAUCUCUACCAUUAGGCGACAAGCUGCUGGUCAACAACUAUGAUGACGAGAGCUUUACCACCGCCGUGGACGUUGAGGUGUUUAUGUCCUAUUUAUCGAAAAGCGGCAGCGCCAUCACCUUGACCAGCAUCGAGAUCUACGUGGACACAACGGCCGAUGAUGCGAACGCCUAUUUCACGGACGGAGGCAUCGGCAGCAGCGAGGCAUCCAUACUGCUGGCAUGCAAUCAGACGCGCACCUUCUCAUAUGAAGCCGUCUUCUACGGUUACUAGACUAGAGAGCAAAUUGAGAGCAAAUAAAACAGCAUCAUCAACUUGGAACUGAACUGUGAUCGCGAUCGCCAUCGUCAGCGCUAAAACUAACGCUAAUGCCAUAUUCCAUCCCAUUCUUCUCUCAGAGGGACAAGUAUUAUAGAGCUAAAUUUGAAUUAAAGCAAUGAAACCAAAUGAAGA